CUCUCUGUGGGCCAUGAGGUGGUACCGGGUCUCGGUCUCACACGUCCCCUCUCUGACCUCCCCUGUCCCACCUUGGCCUCGUUUGGAUACAGGAGCAGGAGGCUGGGGCAGCAGGCUCAAGAAGAGGACAGCACUGUCCUGAUUGACACAGCCCCCCCCCCAGCACAGAGAAGGAGUUCUUACAGGAGCACGGCCCACGCCUCAGAGCCAGGUGCGCAGCAGGUGGCAGCCGGCUCAGCAGGGAGCCCUGCCAAGCCCCUGAUCGACUUCGUCCUUGUGUGGGAGGAAGACCUGAGGCUGGGUCAGCUGUGGGACAAGACAGACAUGCAUGGGACCUGGCGAGAGAGAUUUCUGGACAAUCUUUGUAUGCCUGGGCUGUGUGUAGACUAG